AGAAGUUUUUGGAGCUGGUUGUCACCCACGCUGGGCUGCUGCAGUACUAUUGACUUGACAGGCUAUGUGAGCUGUCACCAAAAGGACUAGCUUUUGAAGAGACAGGGUGGCUAUGGCUUCAUUGCUUCCUGACAGCCUUCGAAUAAGGGGAUGGAGGAAGAAUAAAAGGAAUGAAGAAAAGGUUCGAGUUUUGGUAUCCAACUUGCCAUAUGAAGAUUGCAAGAAAAGGCACCAACCUAACUGCCAAUAUGCUGGCAAUGCCAUCAAGACCACUAAAUACACUUUGUGGUCUUUCAUACCCAAGAACCUUUUUGAGCAGUUUCACCGUGUCGCCAAUGUGUACUUUAUAGGAAUUGCUUUCUUGAAUUUUGUGCCUGUAGUGAAUGCAUUUCAACCAGGAAUUGCACUUAUUCCUAUAUGCGUCAUAUUGGCUCUCACCGCCAUAAAGGAUGCCUGGGAAGACUUCAGGAGAUAUCAAACUGACAAAGAGUUGAACAAUACAGCGUGUCUCAUCUACAGCAGGAAACAGAAAGAUUAUGUUGAAAAAUGCUGGAAAAACGUUCGAGUUGGCGAUUUUGUAAAGGUUGUUUGCAAUGAGAUCAUCCCUGCAGACAUUCUUCUCCUGUACACCUCGGACCCAAAUGGUAUCUGCCACAUUGAGACAGCCAGUCUGGAUGGAGAAACUAACCUGAAACAGAGGCAGGCCGUGAAAGGUUUCUGGAUGCCAAACUCUAGAUUUGAACCUGAACAUUUCGCCAGCAUUGUCAUCUGUGAGAAGCCCAACAGUAAACUCAACUGCUUCAAAGGUUAUCUGGAUGAGCCUGACAAGAAGAAGAUUGGCUUUGGCAGGCAAAACCUGCUGUUGCGUGGGUGCACCGUUAGAAACACAGAGGAAGCUGCAGGAAUCGUGGUCUAUGCCGGUCAUGAAACCAAGGCCAUGCUAAAUAACAAUGGUCCCAGAUACAAACGCAGCAAGCUGGAGAGAAGACUGAACACUGAUGUGCUGUGCAGUGUUGGACUUCUGUUUUUUAUGUGCCUUACAGGAGCAAUAGGUCACACAAAGUGGCUGCAGAAUUUUCAGAUCCAGCCUCCAUUUGAUAUUCCAGACAUAAAUGGGGAGUACAUCUCACCAUCUUUGGCAGGAUUCUACAUUUUCUUCACAAUGAUCAUUUUGCUGCAAGUGUUGAUUCCAAUCUCUCUCUACGUGUCUAUUGAACUUGUGAAAGUGGGUCAAAUCUUCUUUCUUAGCAAUGAUAUUGACCUCUAUGAUGAGGAGUUGGACCAGCGCCUGCAGUGUCGGGCCCUCAACAUCACCGAAGACCUGGGGCAGAUACAAUACCUCUUCUCGGACAAGACAGGGACACUCACGGAGAACAAGAUGGUUUUCAGGCGCUGCAGCAUUAUGGGCACAGAGUACUGCCAUCAGGAAAAUGCAAUACGCCUUGCAGCCCAUGGAGAACUGGAUUCAGAUGAGGAAGACUUGUCUUAUGUCCACAGACAAGUCAGGUCUCGACUCAGGCCUAACCUCAGGAGCCAGGGCACCAAAGGGCUUAGAAGAUGGCAUAGUGCCAAGGCCUGUUAUGGUGGUCAAACUAAAAGGAAGUCAGCAGGGCGCAUGGACAGUGAAGUGGCUUUCAGCAGUCCACUUGAAAAGGAUGUCAUCCCUGACAGGAAGCUGUUGAAGAUUGUAUGGGAGACAGACAGCCAAAUGGAGGCAUGGUGCAAACAUGGUCACAGCUCUGACAGCGCCUCCUACUUUGACUUUUUCCUGGCAUUGGCCAUCUGUAACACAGUGGUGGUUUCUACAGGAACAGUACCAAGACGCAGGGUAAAUGGUCCACUCAAAAAAACACCUUCCCUGAGCUCCCUCGAGGCAUUGCAAAGCUUCCUGAAGAAACUAAAAUCAGAGCGGUUAAGUCAAGUCAUAGCCUCCCUCCAGUCCCUGUCAGGAAAAAGCAGUGGGACGAACAAGGUCAGUCCCUCGAGUUCUGGGGCUUCAGUGAAUGAGGACAUCGGGGUUGAAGACAGAAGCUCUAGCGGCUCUGCCAGCUCGAGAGACAGUGGCCUGAGCAGCAGAGCUAGCGAAGACGGCAGGGGAGAAGUGGAUGCAGUGAUGGCAAGAGACAGACCUGCGGAGAGAGACGUAGGAGACCUGUGCUACGAGGCCGAGAGCCCAGAUGAAGCAGCGUUAGUGUACGCCGCCAAGGCCUAUGGCUUCACCUUGCUUUCUCGGACCCCUGACCAGGUGAUCGUCAAACUGCCUCAGGGCACCAUCCUCACUUUUGAAGUCCUGCAUACGCUGGCCUUCGACUCCACCAGAAAGAGGAUGUCUGUGCUGGUCAGGCACCCAGUCACCGAGGAGGUAGUUUUGUAUACUAAAGGCGCGGACUCUGUCAUCAUGGAUUUGCUGGACUGCACAUCCAGAGAAAACCAGGAUGGACAUAAGAAGUUAAAAAAAAUAGCUGUAAAGACACAAAAGCACCUCAACUGGUAUGCCAAAGAUGGGUUACGCACUCUUUGUUUAGCUAAAAAGGUUCUGAGCGAGAGAGCUUACGAAGACUGGUCCAGUGUGAGAAUGGAAGCUGAGGCAGCAAUUGAUAACAAGGAUGAACUGCUAAUGGAGACUGCUCUCCACUUGGAAACUAACCUUACAUUGCUUGGGGCCACUGGCAUUGAAGACCGGCUACAAGAAGGAGUGCCAGACACUAUUGAAGCCCUCCGUGAAGCUGGCAUACAGAUUUGGGUGCUGACAGGAGACAAACAGGAGACUGCAGUAAAUAUUGCCUAUUCCUGCAAACUACUGGACCAGACGGACAUUGUCUUCACUAUAAAUACAGAUAGCAAGGAGGCCUGUGAGUCCAUACUUGACUGCACCAUUGAGGAAGUAAAGAAAUAUGAUCCUGUUUCCCAGUCUGAGUUAUUUAGAGUAGGUAUGACCUCAGUCAGGCCUGCGGCUGAGGUGUACCCCACGUUUGGCCUGGUGAUUGAUGGAAGGACACUCAGCUUUGUUUUUGAGGAGGACCUCAAAACGAAGUUCCUCGAACUGGCUCGGCGCUGCCGCUCUGUGCUCUGCUGUCGUGCCACUCCUCUGCAGAAGAGCUCUGUGGUCAAGCUGGCAAGAGAACAGUUGAAAGUCAUGACCCUCGCCAUAGGGGAUGGUGCUAAUGAUGUAAACAUGAUUCAGGCAGCAGACAUUGGAAUUGGAAUUUCUGGACAGGAAGGAAUGCAGGCAGUGAUGGCCAGUGAUUUUGCCAUAUCCCGUUUUAAGUACCUUAAAAAGCUGUUGCUAGUUCAUGGCCAUUGGUGCUACAGCAGACUGGCAAACAUGAUUAUCUACUUUUUCUACAAGAAUGUGACAUAUGUGAACCUCUUGUUCUGGUACCAAUUUUACUGUGGAUUUUCGGGAGCUGCGAUGAUUGAUUACUGGCUGAUGAUAUUUUUCAACCUGCUUUUCACUUCACUACCCCCCAUCAUUUUUGGCAUUAUGGAAAAAGACAUCUCUGCUGAAACACUUCUAGGUUUACCAGAGCUAUACAAGAGUGGCCAAAAAUCUGAGGGAUAUAAGUGGCAUACUUUUUGGAUUGCAAUGUUGGAUGCCUUUUACCAAAGUCUUAUCUGUUUUUUUGUCCCUUACCUCACAUAUGAGGGUUCUGAUAUUGACAUAUAUUCCUUUGGAACUCCCAUGAACACUGUGGCAUUAUUUAUUAUUCUUUUACACCUGGCCAUAGAGAUAAAAAACUGGACAGUGGUUCACUGGGCUACAAUGAUAGGUAGUGUCCUAUUAUAUUUCAUUGUGGCUCUUGCCUUCAGUGCUUGCUGCAUUACCUGCAACCCACCCUCUAAUCCCUUCUGGAUCAUGGAGGGGCAAAUGGCAGAUCCACGUUUCUACCUGGUUUGCAUCAUAACUCCUAUAAUUGCGCUGUUACCAAGAUACCUGAUUCGCAUUUUGCAAGGUAGCUUUGCCUUCUCACCUCUUCAUCGGGCACGACAGCUUGACCAGCUGGACAAAACUACAAGGGAAAUUUUGAUUAAGGAAUGGAGGGAUAGCAGCAGUACAAGACAGUGCAUUGCCUCACAAACUGAUCUGCCUUCUCCAUCCUCCCCAGUUUAUAAUGGUGGCGAGCUGCCAAGAGAAGGCUGCGCUGAGGCUUCUUUUUACACUCCAGAAUCUCACUCUGGGGCCACACUUAGUCAGAGGAAUCCAGGGAAGGGGAUGUCAAGUGGGACAGAGGUUGUUUCUGGCAACCAGCAAGUUCUGCAGCACAGAACCUCAAACUUUCCCACGAUCGUCUCUGAUCCACGGAAUGAUACUGAAAACAGCAGCGCAUGCAGGAAUGACAGCCCUGACCCUUUCAACCCAGGUCACCAGCGAUCCAUCAGCACCAUGACAAUUUAGUGAGAACACAGGAGGAAAGGGAAACAGGGAUUUAGGGAUUGCCAUUUAUUUUGCCAUUUAAUAGUCACAAUCUACACAAAGUCUGUUACUUUCUUCCUUUUUAAUCCCAUAUUGGGAGUCUCAAAAAUAAUGAGUAUUAUGUUCAUUUAUUGAUGUUUUUAAAACUCAACUGAAAGUACAAUAUUUAUUAGUGCAUUAACCAACGUUAUUAGUAAGAGAAUGAGGUGAAUGUUUACAUUUUGUAUCACACUUUGCUUCUUUUUUUGAGUGCUUGAGUGAAGAAAUAUUUGUUUGUCUCAUGCAUACAAAGCCAGGAAGAAAUCUCAUUAAAAUAUUGCUGAAAUGAAGACAUAGUUAAACCAAAAUAAGGUUUAUUUCUGGCAUUCACAGUUUUGACAUACUGUACAUAGCUAUCUCUAGAAAAUAUCCAGUCCAAUUACCAGCAGAACUCGUAGAGUUACGUUACCUGAGUAUUCUCCUUUCAAAUGUUUUAACAUACUUCUCUAGUCAGAACCAUGUUAAAUGUUUGGUUAUAUUUUUUCUUAUCUGCCAAAUUGAUUUGUUUCAAAAUGCAAUACACAUUUACCUCAUUUGUAUGUACUGUAGUUCAUAUUCUGUGAAAUGGCACUUUCAUUAACAGUAAUCAUUUAAUAUUGUUUUUCAAGUCCUGGGAUUAUGUUAUAAAACCUGUGUAAGAGUUUGUAGUUAUACAUUUAUAUGUUUAUACUUAUAACUAAAGUAAUUACAGUAUAAUUGAUAUACUUGUAUUAUGUUAUUCCCCACUUAAUGAGAGAAAAGUAGUCUAAUGGUAUAAUGUGUUUUUAUUUAAAAUUAUAAUUAUAUGUAUCACAAAAAAAUUGAAGACUUACAGUAUUUUUCCAACAUUGUUCUUAGUUGUUGGUUACAGUUUUAUUAAGUGAACAAAUACUGUACUCUAAAGAUAUAUUUUUGUCUUGCAUGAUGAAUUGUGCUACUUUGAAACUUUGUAAUACAUGGCACAGUAUAUUAUUAAGGCACUUUAGAAAUGAGGAUGAUGUUUUUUUAUUGUUUUGUGGUAGUGAUCUUAAUGUUUAUGGGAGUACGUACUGGAGAUAUCCCUUUGUGUACAGUUUACAAGAGAGUAAUUCCCCCCUUAAGUUAAAUUACUUUUUGGGAAAGGUAUUUUUGUUUUGUCUUUUUUUGGGGGGUUCAAAGAACUAUCAUUUUGUUUUUUCAUCUCA